UUGGUGCUAUCUUCACCGACAUUGGUAAUGUGACGUUUAGAAAUGACACUGACAGAUUGAGGUUAAAAAUAUGCCAAAAUCGACCUAAAAAUAGGAGUGUGUGAUGUUUUAAAGACUGAUUCAUGUAAUUGCUUGUCUCUCGGUUGAUUUGAGCUCUAAAAUAAUGUCAACGAACUCCAAUUAUAAAAUGCUGUGCAAUGAAAUUGCAAGUAUACGUUGUCCAAGUGAACAAUUGAAAAUCCUGAAGGAGAGGUACCAAACUGUGAUCAACUCUAACAGAAGGUUGGAGAACAUAAGGUCGCUGUCAGAGCUAAUUAAAGUUUUGGAAAAACGAAAUUAUCUCAACUCUAGUAACACCCAGGCUUUGAGUGACAUAGCUAGUGAGUUUAAACAACCGGAAGUGUUACACAGUCUCAGAAAUGUUCAAAUUGAAGACAAUCACGUUAAUUGCAACGCUUGUAAUAGUCAUAGUCCAGAGGAAUACUCAGGUUUUGUUAGAAUACCAAAAAGUACCAAGGAUAGGGUGUACAAAUGCAUAGCCGAGGGAAUCGGCCAAAAAUGGACCGACUUUGCUCGGGCUUUGGGCAUCCCUGAGGGCGACAUAGACGACUUAAACACUGUGAGGAGCACAUCAGCUAGGGCCUACAAGAUUUUGGCUUUUCACGAACAAAACUGUGAUAGAUAUAGGUGGCGUAGUAAAUUAUUGGAAGCUUUAACGGACGCAAGGCGGAAGGACCUCAGAUUGAAAGUGCAGGAUAUAUUCGAUUUUCCAUAAUUUAUAAUUGUUAACGAGCUGUUGUUAUUUUUAUAAAAAUAUAAAGUUCAAACAAG